UCUCAAUUUCACUGCGCUUCGUAGUUCCUACUUUGUAGUAGUAACUUUAGCUCUCUUUCUUACUACUUCGCUUCUCUCUCUCCAAUGGUGGAAUUUUCCCGCCAAGGGAAAUCCUCCAUAGCAGCUCCAUCAUCACCUUCUCCGAUUUCGCCAUGAUCAAACCUCAAAGUUAUGCAUCUUUCUAUUUCACUCUCCUCAUCUUCUUUUCUAUCUCCUCUCUCCACCCUCCCUUUCUCGAUGACGGAACCCUAACCCUAACUAACCGAUUAAUUCCGGAAUCGUCAAAUUCACGGAGAAACUACAUCGUUCGAUUCUCCGAUUACAAGGAUGCCGAAUUUCACCGAGAUUAUCUCCGACAUAGCAUCAAAUUCGAUGGCUGGGAUUGGAUCGAGCGGCGAAAUCCUGCGUCGAAGUUUCCGACUGAUUUUGGCGUCGUUUCGAUCGAGGAAUCUGUGGAAAUGGAUGUGAUUGGAGAAAUUGAGAGAUUGAAUAAGGUGAAGGAUGUAUCAGUGGAUUUGAGCUACACUAGGAGCUUGCUUGAGGAGGAUAAAUUGGAGAGAGAAAGUGGAUUGUGCGAUGUGAAGAAGCGACCUGGAAAGAUAUUUACCAAAAUGUCCUUUGAGGAGGAGGAGGAGCAAGGGAUUGGAGGUCACUGGAGCUCGAUUAGCAAUCAGACGAUUAGUUGGAGGCGACAUCUAAUGGGAAAGGGGUCUCAAGUUACAUCUUUAUUUGGCUCUGAUGUUCUGUGGGCCAAGGGAUACACUGGUGCUAAAGUAAAAAUGGCCAUAUUUGAUACAGGUAUUAGGGCAAAUCACCCACAUUUUCGCAACAUAAAGGAGCGAACUAACUGGACAAAUGAAAAAACGCUAAACGACAAUCUUGGACAUGGGACAUUUGUUGCUGGAGUUAUUGCUGGCCAAGAAUCAGAAUGCCUUGGAUUUGCUCCAGAUACUGAAAUUUAUGCAUUCCGUGUAUUUACUGAUGCACAGGUGUCAUACACAUCAUGGUUCCUUGAUGCUUUCAACUAUGCUAUUGCAACUAAUAUGGAUGUGCUUAAUCUGAGUAUUGGUGGGCCUGAUCACUUGGAUCUUCCAUUUGUGGAGAAGGUUUGGGAAUUAACAGCAAACAACAUAAUUAUGGUGUCUGCAAUUGGUAAUGAUGGACCACUUUAUGGUACAUUGAACAAUCCUGCUGAUCAAAGUGAUGUCAUUGGAGUUGGUGGUAUAGACUAUACAGAUCACAUUGCAUCAUUUUCUUCACGUGGCAUGAGCACCUGGGAGAUUCCACAUGGAUAUGGGCGUGUGAAGCCAGAUGUUGUAGCUUAUGGACGUGAUAUUAUGGGAUCAAAAAUCAGUACAGGCUGUAAAACUUUGUCAGGCACUAGCGUUGCAAGUCCUGUUGUUGCUGGAGUGGUGUGCUUGCUAGUCAGUGUCAUUCCGGAGAGCAACAGAAAGCACAUCCUGAAUCCGGCUAGCAUGAAGCAAGCACUGGUUGAAGGAGCUGCCAGGCUUUCUGGUCCGAAUAUGUAUGAACAAGGUGCUGGGAGGGUUGACCUGUUAGAAUCUUAUGAAAUCUUAAAGAAUUAUAAACCACGGGCAAGCAUCUUUCCUAGCAUGCUUGACUUCAUGGAUUUCCCUUAUGCAUGGCCUUUCUGUCGUCAACCACUCUAUGCUGGUGCUAUGCCUGUCAUCUUCAAUGCUACUAUUUUGAAUGGUAUGGGUGUGAUUGGCUAUGUUAAUGAAUCACCAACCUGGCAUCCCUUGACUGAGGAAGGAAAUCUUCUUAGCGUCCAUUUUGCUUAUUCAGAGGUUAUUUGGCCAUGGACUGGAUACUUGGCACUCCGCAUGCAAAUUAAGGAGGAAGGUGCACAGUUCCAUGGAGUGAUUGAAGGAAAUGUGACUGUUAAGGUCUAUAGUCCACCUGCUCAAGGUGAGAAAGCAGUAAGAACUAGCACAUGUGUUCUUCGAUUGAGAUUGAAAGUUGUUCCAACUCCUGUAAGAUCCAAAAGGAUCCUGUGGGAUCAGUUUCACAACAUUAAAUACCCACCUGGCUAUAUACCUAGAGAUUCUUUGGAUGUCCGCAAUGAUAUCCUGGAUUGGCAUGGGGAUCACCCGCACACAAAUUUUCAUACUAUGUUCAAUAUGUUAAGUGAUGCUGGAUACUAUGUUGAGAUCCUUGGUUCUCCACUUACAUGCUUUGAUGCUCGCCAGUAUGGAACACUCUUGCUUGUUGAUCUUGAAGAAGAAUAUUUUGAAGAAGAGAUAAAUAAAUUGAGGGAGGAUAUUUUGAACACUGGUUUGGGUUUGGCUGUAUUUGCAGAGUGGUAUAAUGUUGAAACAAUGGUUAAGAUGAGAUUUUUUGAUGAUAAUACGCGGAGCUGGUGGACCCCAGUUACUGGUGGUGCAAAUGUUCCUGCAUUGAAUGACCUUUUGGCCCCAUUUGGAAUUGCAUUUGGUGAUAAGAUCCUUAAUGGUGAUUUUACAAUUAAUGGUGAGCAAAGUCGGUAUGCUUCAGGAACGAACAUACUAAGGUUUCCAGCUGGUGGAUACACUCACAGUUUUCCUCUUCUAGAUAGGUCAGAUGGCGGAACCGCUCAGAAUGUACUAACAUCUAAUUUGAUGAAGGAAAGCUCACCUAUUCUCGGUUUUCUGGAGGCUGGUGAAGGCCGGAUUUCAGUUUAUGGAGAUUCAAAUUGUCUUGACAGUAGUCAUAUGGUUACUAAUUGCUUUUGGCUGCUGAAAAAAAUGUUGGAUUUCACAAGUGGGAAUAUCAAGGAUCCAGUGCUUUUCUCGGGAUCUGCUAGACAAGUUGCAUCCUUGUAUAUUGAUGAUAAACAAUUACCAUCUCGUAGGACCGAUGUGAAUUUCUCAGCUUAUUCAGCUGUCAUGGGGAAGGAAUUAUUAUGCAGGGCUGAUUCUAGGUUUGAAGUAGUGGGAACUAAAGGUUAUAAUAUACAGGUUAGGGGAAGAAACAGAAAACUGCCUGGCUAUCAUGCUAUUGAUAUGGGGAGAAGCUCAAAUUCCAGCUUUGAUGCCUCAGAGUUGAAAGUUUACAGUACAUUUCCCCAGAAAAUAGGCGAUUCAUUCAGUAACAAGUAUUUUGGUCUCUUUUAUACAGAUGAGCUUGACAUGCCUGUGCUGGUUGCUAGUCAUUGGCUUGUACCUGCCAUAAUUGCUGCUUCUGGUUUCUUGCUUUUCUUCAGUUUUUGGCGAAUCAGGCAAAAGCGACGGCGGCGGAGGAAAGGAUCAGGCUCUGGUAGAUAUCCUAAUGUGUAAUAAUAGUUGGUGGAAAAAGUUUUGUAGCAAAGGUAUAGUACCUGAGAUUGAAGUACAGCUAGCUGUUAGGAUCUGUAUUUGAAACGGAAAUGUAGAUUAGUCUUUUUCAUAGUUUGGUAGCUUUUGAGAUCUCAGAUCGAACCAACAUUAUGGUACAUUGUAAGCCUAUCGAAAAUCACACAAGUAAAAAAUCUGUUGGACAGUUAUCAA